GAAAAGGCCCUUAGGAUCUUUUCAGAGACUAAGUCCCGGUUGUAGAGUGAGACUUGAGUAGUGCAGCGGAAUACCGCGGUCGGGGACGAAGUCCAACACGAAGACGCCGGAUUUCAGGAGGGCACGACCGAUGAAGAGGCCACCCUUUCCGUGGUAUAGCCGAAACUCAUUUUCGUUGUUGGCGACGGUGAUGACGACGUCGCGGUUGAGGCGUUUCUCCUGUUGCACGAAUCGUCCCGAAGAGCACAUGUGUUGCCCGCAGCAGCUGUCCAAGAACCAGGUGUUUCGCCCGGUGGGUUCGGCGUUGGCGACCGCAGCAUAUGUUGGAUUGACUUGAAGGCCUUGCCCUUAGGAUCUUUUCAGAGACUAAGUCCCGGUUGUAGAGUGAGACUUGAGUAGUGCAGCGGAAGUUGAGACGGUUGAACCCUUGUACUAGUAUGUGAGAACAAGUGAUUGAUUAAAGAAACAAGCAUACA